GCUUAUCAUGCAGUGUGGAGGGCGGCGGCAGAAUACUGCAUGACACCCAGGCGAAGACCAUCCAUAUCUUUGGAUUUAGUUAUGGCUUUGGACUCGCCAAUCACCGCACGUCUCAGGCACAGUGCGAAAAGACUUAUCCGGACUACAAGGUCACGUGGUCGAAUGAGGGGUAUUAA